AUGUUAGACCUUUUGGUUAAACAAGUAUGGAUAUGUGCAUCUUGUAUCAUUCUUAAGGAGCUAUGGUUUCAGAAGAACAAAAGAUUUUUUGAAGACAUAAAGCCUAAUAUGCAGAGAUUCAAGUGCAGAGUUUUAAAGCUGGUUCAUGAAACUGGAUUGAGAAUCAAAGGAACUAAAUGGUGUCAGAAUUAUGAUCAACAGAUCAUUACUGCUUUUGAUCUAGGAAUUAGGCAUUCCAAGUUUCAGAUCAUAAAAAAAUGUUGUUGGAUUCCUCCUGAGCUAGGUGUGGUUAUGUUUUGCUAUGAUGGCUCAUCCUUUGGUAAUCCAGGCUCUGCAGGUUUUGGUGUUGUUGCUAGAGACUCUAAUUGUCAGGUAAUUGGUACUCUCACUGGUGGUAUAGGAGUAGCUACAAACUACUUAGCAGAAACUUAUGGUGUCAUGAAUUCUUUGGAGUUGGCAGUUGAAUGGAAAUUGCAGGAUAUCAUUAUUGUUUCAGAUUCAAAAACAGUUCUUGCAGAAUUUGCUCAGGGGAAGAUUCCUUGGUUUCUGAAAGGGAGAUGGAAAAUAGAACAAGGAAAGGUGUCAAGAAUAAGAUAUCAUCACUGCUACAGAGAAGUAAAUUUCUCAGCUAAUGGCAUUGCCAAAAAAGGUGCUUCUUUGGCAGCAGGGGUAAGAUUAUUACACAUCGGAAGACCACCUUAUCUACCAAGGAUUGAAAUGCCAGAUGUGGACUACUUCAGAUUUUUCUAG